AUGAAUGUGCACUGUGCUGCUGGGACAGACUGGUCGAGAAAUCUGGAGCCAGGCUGCUCUGUGGAAAACGUGCCAGGAGCAAUCCAUGAGUCAGGAGAAGGUAACGUGGUGCUAGGAGGUCACAGCCCUGCCACAGCUCCCAGGACUGAGGGUUUGGAUUCAGAAUGCCGACACGCUGCCUGUCCAGCAGGUCCCCAGCUCAGCAGCAUGCUGCCUGCUCUGGAAGACACACACAGCUGUCAUUUCCAGGAUGGGAGUAAGAGGCAGACAGAGUAUUUCAGUCCCCAGGAACGUCACGGGUCCUGCUCUCUGCCUGCAGGCAGCAGUUCCCAAACGGGGGCUCCGGAGAAGGUGACACUCGUGGUGGACGGCACUCGCUUUGCAGUGAACCCACAGAUUUUCACUGCUCACCCUGAUACUAUGCUGGGAAGGAUGUUUGGCCCAGGGAGGGAAUACAAUUUCACCAGGCCCAACGAGAAGGGGGAAUAUGAAAUCGCAGAAGGAAUUAGCUCCGCUGUGUUCCGGACCGUGCUGGACUAUUACAAAACUGGAAUCAUUAACUGCCCUGAUGGGAUUUCCAUCCCGGACCUUCGAGACACAUGUGAUUACCUCUGCAUUAACUUUGAUUUCAACACAGUCAAAUGUCAAGAUUUGAGUGCUCUGUUACAUGAGCUCUCCAACGAUGGUGCUCACAAGCAGUUUGACAGCUACCUGGAGGAGCUAAUCCUGCCCAUAAUGGUGGACAGUGCGAGGAAGGGGGAACGGGAGUGCCACAUUGUCGUGCUGACAGAUGAAGACACCGUGGACUGGGAUGAAGAUCAUCCACCUCCCAUGGGAGAGGAGUACUCACAAAUCCUUUACAGUUCCAAGCUGUACAGAUUCUUCAAGUACAUCGAGAACCGGGACGUGGCGAAAGCCGUGCUGAAGGAGCGGGGGCUGAAGAACAUCCGCAUUGGCAUCGAAGGCUAUCCCACCUGUAAGGAGAAGGUGAAGAGGAGGCCUGGUGGCCGCUCAGAAGUGAUCUACAACUACGUCCAGCGGCCGUUCAUCCAGAUGUCGUGGGAGAAGGAGGAGGGGAAGAGUCGCCACGUGGAUUUCCAGUGUGUGAGGAGCAAAUCUCUGACAAACCUGGUCACUGUGGGUGACGACGUUUCCGAGGACCAUGAGGUUCUAAUGCACCACCCCCCCCAAGUAGAUGAACUCGACAGGCUGAACGCCCCCUUCUCCCAGAUGGCUGUGAACGACCUCCCAGAUUAGUGGUGGCUCAGGGUGGACAGUCCUGCUGGAGGUGGGAAGCUCUCGGCGUGGUUUCAUCCCAGGGGAUGGGACACAGACUCCUGCAAGGUGCUUUAUCCUCCUUCAUGCUCGCACUACGCUGUCAUAUUUCAAGCAUGUUAAUAAAGAGCCACACUUCAUAGUCUAAUCGUGCAAUCAAAAGCAACGUCUCCUCAAA